AUGGCGGCAUGUCCGUCUAAAUUUAGCCAUGGACCGCCAUCACGUUGCCCUCCUCGUUCCAUCAGACCCAUUCCACGUUCCACUGUGCAGCGCAAUCUCAUGCCUUCGCCAGCUUCCUUUGCCGUCGCCACGAUAUUCGCCACCAUGGUCGCAGGCCACGGUAUCAUGUCUGUUCCCAAGGCCGAGUUCGAUCCCACCGUCAUGCGCACGACGUACGUGGCAACGAUCCAGGCCAACUUCCCCGGCAAGUUCAACGACUCGCCCGACAAAAACGUCGCGGCCUUCAACAAGGCCUUCCGCGACCAACAGGCCACGGGGUUCAAGACCCUCCGCGCCAUGCUCGAUCCACAGGGCCCCGACUGCGGCUACUCAAAGCUCGACGUCCCUGCCAAGCCCAUCCCGUCCGACGGCAAUGUCGUGUGGCAGAAUCCAGACAGCGGCGAAGGCUUUGUGCCGUCGCACACGGGCCCGUGUGAGAUUUGGCUCGACAACACACGCGUGUUUCAGAACGACGACUGCGCGACCAACUUUCCCGAGAAACCAGCGGCGCACCUGCCCGUGGACUUUGCAUCCUGCGUCGGGUCGUGCACGAUCCGAUUCUACUGGAUCGCCCUGCACCAAGACCUAUGGCAAGUCUACAAAAACUGCGCGCCGCUUGUGGGGCUCUCAGCCACUCCCACGAUUGUUCCCUCAGCACCCACCCCCACCACCAGUCCCCCAACGACGCGCAGCCCGGACGGCACCACCACGCCAAUUGCGACUAAGUACCCCGACUACAACGACCUCGACUGUGACCCGUGA